AUGCUGCAGAACCCCGUCACCUCCACGCCCUUCUCGGUGGACGACAUCCUGAGGCUAGAGCGAGAGCAGAUUGGCCUCGCGGCCUUGCAACUCCGGGGGGCACGGGGGAGCCCGGAAAGCUCUCAGUAUCUGCGACUGGUCCCAGACCCGCGAGGGUCGGAGGUUCCCAACACCGGAGAGAGGUGGCAGGACGGGUCGGAGCCUCCUGGGGAUCCCAGUGAGCGGGUCACGGAAAUGGACGUGGAACGGGUGGGUGAUCCCCAGACCGGCCUCCGCGCAGCCUCGCCCCUCCGCGGCGGGACCCGGGGACCAGAGCGCGGCGCCGGCAGCGGCAGCGGCAGCGGCAGCGGCAGCGGCAGCGACGGGGCGCGCGGAGCGGGCGCCGAGCAGCCGAGGGCGCGGCAGCGGCGGCGGCCGCGCGUGCUGUUCUCGCAGGCCCAGGUGCUGGCGCUGGAGCGGCGCUUCAAGCAGCAGCGGUACCUGUCGGCGCCGGAGCGCGAGCACCUGGCCAGCGCGCUGCAGCUCACGUCCACGCAGGUCAAGAUCUGGUUCCAGAACCGGCGCUACAAGUGCAAGAGACAGCGCCAGGACAAGUCCCUGGAGCUGGCGGGCCACCCCCUGGCGCCGCGCCGGGUAGCGGUGCCCGUGCUGGUGCGGGACGGCAAGCCCUGCCUGGGCCCCGGCGCGCCCGCCUUCCCGGGUCCCUACGGCGCCGCCGCCGCCGCGCCCUAUUCCUGCUACAGCGGCUACGCGGGCGCUCCCUACGUGGCGGGCUACGGCGGGGGCUACGCGGGCGCGCCCCCGGGCCCGGCACCGCCCGCGCCCCUGGCCAGCGUGGGCCUCGGCGGGGGUGGCCAGAGCAGCGGCGCGCAGGGCCCUCUGCCCGCCACGCUGCAGGGGGUCCCGGCCUGGUGA